AUGGCGGCGAGUCAGGGAGGUGGUGGUUGCAGUGGGGGCGGCGGUUGUGGUGGAGGUGGAAGUAGCGGUGGCAGUGGAGCGGCCGGAGGAGGUGGUGGAGCCGGAGGGGGAGGCGGCGGCGGCGGGACCCUGGUGGUGCCCAUCCCGGUACCGACUCUUUUCGGCCAGCCGUUCCCUAACGGGCCGCAGUGGAACCCGGGGAGCCUGCAGCCUCAACACACCGCGAGGAGCCUGGACCGGGCCCUGGAGGAGGCGGGCAACUCCGGCAUCCUCAGUCUCAGUGGUAGGAAACUCCGAGACUUUCCCGGCAGCGGCUACGACCUGACCGACACCACCCAAGCAGAUCUUUCAAGAAAUCGUUUUACAGAAAUUCCUUCUGAUGUCUGGUUAUUUGCACCUCUUGAAACAUUAAAUUUAUAUCAUAAUUGCAUCAAAACCAUUCCUGAAGCCAUUAAAAACCUGCAGAUGUUAACAUACCUUAACAUUAGUCGAAAUCUUUUAUCAACAUUGCCAAAAUACUUAUUUGAGCUUCCCCUUAAAGUUUUGGUCAUCAGUAAUAACAAACUCGUAUCCAUUCCAGAAGAAAUUGGGAAGUUAAAGGGUUUAAUGGAAUUGGAUAUCAGCUGCAACGAGAUUCAGGCCCUUCCUCAGCAAAUGGGAAAAUUACAUUCACUUAGAGAGCUAAAUAUAAGAAGAAAUAAUCUUCAUGUGUUGCCAGAUGAAUUAGGAGAUCUUCCCUUAGUCAAGCUGGAUUUCUCUUGUAAUAAAGUGACCGAAAUUCCAGUUUGUUAUAGGAAGCUGCAUCAUUUACAAGUAAUGAUUUUGGAUAAUAAUCCAUUGCAAGUACCACCAGCACAGAUAUGUUUAAAGGGUAAAGUACACAUAUUUAAAUACUUAAAUAUCCAAGCAUGUUGCAGAAUGGAUAAGAAACCAGAUUCCCUGGAUCUUCCAUCAUUGAGUAAAAGGAUGCCCUCCCAGCCUCUCACAGACAGUAUGGAAGACUUUUAUCCAAAUAAAAAUCAUGGCCCUGACUCUGGAAUUGGAAGUGAUAAUGGAGAGAAACGAUUAUCUACAACAGAACCAUCGGAUGACGACACAAUCAGCCUUCACUCUCAAGUCUCAGAAUCAAAUAGAGAGCAGACAUCAAGAAAUGACAGUCACACAAUAGGAAGUAAACCUGAUUCUCAGAAAGACCAAGAGGUGUAUGAUUUUAUUGACCCCAACACAGAAGAUACAGCAGUUCCUGAACAAGGUGAUGCACAUAUUGGAUCCUUUGUCUCUUCCCAUAAGGGAAAAGAAAAACGUCCUGAAAAAUCUCAGAAAAAUGAAGAAUUGGGAGAUGAAAGAAGACUGGGGAAAGAACAGUUACUUGCAGAGGAAGAGGAUGAUUUGAAGGAAGUAACUGAUUUGAGGAAAAUAGCCGCUCAGUUAUUGCAGCAAGAGAACAGGAUUCUUAAUCAUUCAACUUAUGUUACAAGAAGCAAGCCAAAACAAACUGUGGAAUGCAUAAAGAGUGUCUCUGCAGAUGAAGUUAAUUCACCAUUAUCACCUCUCACAUGGCAGCCCUUAGAAAAUCAGAAGGAUCAAAUAGACGAACAUCAGUGGCCAGAAUCUCAACCUAUAAUCUGGCAGAGUGAGGAAAGGAGGCGGAGCAAACAGAUUAGAAAAGAAUAUUUCAAGUAUAAAUCAUCAAAGAAGAGUUCAAGUGGCCAUGAAAACCAUGAGCGAGACAGUGAUAAUGCUAAUAUGUCACCACAAUCUCCAGUAUCAUCUGAGGAAUAUGAUAGAACUGAUGGUUUUUCACAUGGUCCUUUUGGCUUGAAACCUAGAUCAGCUUUUAGCCGCUCAUCUUGCCAGGAAUAUGGGGCAGUAGAUCCCGGAUUUACAAUGAGAAGAAAGAUGGAACAUCUACGGGAAGAACGAGAGCAAAUACGACAACUUCGCAACAAUCUCGAGUCCAAGUUAAAAGUAAUUUUGCCUGAUGACAUUGGAGCAGCACUAAUGGAUGGGGUUGUUCUCUGCCAUUUAGCCAAUCAUAUAAGGCCGCGCUCCGUAGCUAGUAUUCAUGUGCCAUCACCAGCGGUGCCUAAACUGAGCAUGGCAAAAUGUCGAAGAAAUGUAGAAAAUUUUCUUGAUGCUUGUAAAAAGUUGGGUGUCUCACAGGAAAGACUCUGUUUGCCUCAUCAUAUUUUGGAAGAGAGAGGUCUUGUGAAAGUUGGUGUCACAGUUCAGGCUCUUCUUGAAUUACCUACAACCAAGGCAUCUCAGCUUUCUACAGCUUGAAAUAACAUUUAAAAAUCAUAAGUAUAUAGUUUCAUUUAUUGGAAGUGACUUCAAAUAUCUCAAAUUCAUGAAUAAGAAUGUCUAAUCAAAAAUAAUUUUAUUCUGUUAAGCCUUAGGUUUAACAAAGUUAUGUUAAAAAUUAUAUUAAAUUAAAUUUUGAAUAGCCCAAACUUCCUUUGGGGGAAAACUGGGUUAACUUAAUAAGAGUUUUUGAUAAAUUCAAAUUCUCUUUUUACCUAGUUGAUAAUCUUGAUUAUUUUUGAAAAAU